CCUGCAUCAAAACACCUUCAUCAAUCGUCAUUGACUUAAACACCCGACAUCAUCCACCUACCUUGUGACACCAAUCUCCGUCCCGAACUCGAAGACCACCUACGAACACGGCGUCGAAGCACUCGAACCCGCGAGGAGACUUGCUCAGCCGCCGACCCGAGCAGCUUCCACUCUACCUCACCCCCGACAAAACCUCUACCGCGGAAAGCAUCACAACCAAACACACAAUGUCUUCAACCUCACAACCCGCGGGCCAACCCGCCCUCCCUUCAACCCCGACCCCGACCCCCCAAAUCAUCACCAACGCAGCCUGGGCAGGCGUAGUCCUCUGCCCCCUCAUCAUGCUCAUGCCCCCCCGCCGCCUCGACUGGCGCACCUUCAUGCUCUGGACCGGCUUCUCCGCCUCAGGCAACCAGCUCAUCUACGACUACAGCGGCCAAUCCCUCAUGCAGCGCGUACAAUCCCGCAUGGCCCGCAUGUUCCCCACCGCGCUGCCCGAGCAGGCGCAGCGCACCAAGCAGCUCCUGCGCGAGGAGAGGAUGCGCCGCGACGGGUUGACGGAGGAGCAGAUGCGCGCCAUCGAGUUCAAGAAGCGCAACCUCGCGCAGAGGCUGUGGUACGGUAGCGAGCCCGAGGACUGGGAGGCCAAGAGGGCUGCUGAGCAUGCCAAGGCGCUUGCUGAGGGGAAGGGGUUGGGUGAUUUGAUCGCCGAGCAGGUUUCCGAGGUUUGGAGCGGCGCGAGGAAGGAGGAGGAGGAGCAGGGGAAGAAGUCGAGUGAGGAGAAGGAUGGCGAGAAGAAGCAAUAACGAGUUGGCGUUUCUGUACAAGACGUGACGGCUGGUGUAGGAUACCAAGAACAAAAAAAAUAAUGGCUAUAGAGGGAAGUCGUCCGACCCGAGUCUAGGUACACACAUUGGCUAGUAGGAAGUCUAGCAAAAAGGCGUUGAGGGUUGCGAUUUGGAGCAUCAACGGGUUGGUGACAAUCUCCCCUGGCUGUACAUUACUAUUAUUGAGCACCAUCACAUAAGUACGGUCUGCAUGUUGCGAUCUGUGACGGGUACGAGGAAC